UAAGUAUAUAUACGUAUGGGGAACGUAUGGCUGGCCGAGAAGAAGAAGAAGAAGAAGAAGAAGAGAUUAUUUGGCUUUAUUAUCUACGACAGAGAGAGAUCAAUGGAGUCUGAGCCGGUGAGCCCAACGGGGCAGUACUUCAACAGCUCCGUCAUGUCCGUCUCCAUUUUCGCUGUUCUGGAAUUCGAAGCUCCCAUUGAUGACUCCCAAUUUCUCUCUCUUCUCAACAAUGUCUUCCUUCCCAUCAAUCCUCGGUUUUCCUCCAUCAUGGUUGGCGACAAGAAAGGGACCAAAAAAUGGAAGAGGGUUGAAGUGAAGCUGGAAGACCACCUCAAGGUGGCCCAUUUUCCCUCCGGCAUGUCCCCAGAAUUCUACGACAGCUGCUUCGACGACUAUUUGUCGACCAUAGCUCUGGAACAAUUUCCAUCUAGCCGGCCAUUAUGGGAGCUUCAUGUCGUCAAGUACGCCACCAGCAACGCCGCCGGGAACUUGGUGUUCAAGCUUCACCAUUCGCUCGGCGAUGGCUAUUCUCUGAUGGGGGCUCUUCUUUCCUGUUUGCAGAGAGCUGACGAUCCUUCUCUUCCAUUAACUUUUCCUUCGCUUCAAUCGAAUUCGAAGGAAAAAGGUGGGAAGAGCAUAAGCGUCCUCAAGUCAGUGCCUCGAGUUUUAUCUGGGCUUGCGAAUACUGUGCUGGAUUUGGGGCUUGGUUUCCUCAAGAGUAACUUUGUUGAAGAUGACCGGACGGCGAUCCGAUCAGGAGAAGAUGGAGUUGGGUCCCGACCGAUCACAAUAACCACUUUGACGUUUUCUCUUGAUCAGAUCAAACAAAUCAAAGCCAAGCUCGGAGUAACAAUAAACGAUGUGUUGGUGGGAACAGUGUUCUUGGGAACUCGACUGUACAUGCGAGCAGAAAGGCAAGAAGAGGGGAGUGCAGCUUCCACCGCGCUGGUGGUGCUGAACACCAGGGCCUUGGGUGGCGGCGACAAAUACAAAACGGUGAGCGAGAUGGUGAGCCCGAAAGUGGAGAUGCGAUGGGGUAAUCACUUCUCUUUCCUGAAUGUCCCCAUACCAAAGCUGACUCCCGCCGAGACCGAGUCAUCCAGCCCCAUAAGCUUUGUCAUGAAAGCUCAUCGCAUUAUCAAGACGAAGAAGAACUCGGCCGCUGCUUUCCUUACUGGUUUGCUAUUGGAGAAGAUGCGACAACUUAGAGGCUCCGAGGCAACAGCUCGAUAUAUUCACAAGACAGUUAAGAACUCAAGCAUGGUGAUAUCAAAUUUGAUUGGCCCAAUGGAGGAGAUUGCGCUCGCUAACCAGCCUAUUAGAGGAUUAUAUUUUGCUUUGGUCGGCGGUCCAGAGCUAGGUUGUUGGAAUAACAAUGAUGAGUUAUGUUGGAAAGCUAAGGGUGGCCAUCCGCAUGGAGAAGGGCUUCGUGGAUCCCCAUAAAUUCAGGUCUUGCAUUGAUAAUGCCUUCCACAUGAUACUUGAAGCUGCCAACUAAUUCCUUCAUAUAUAUAUAUAUAUAUAUAUGUGUGUGUGUGUGUGUAUAGAUAUAGUUGAUUUCCUUCACCCUUGAUUCCAACUUCUUCUGAUCUUUGCUGCAGUUUGGAUCCUUAAUUUAGGUCAUGCCCCUCUCCUAUUUUAAGACGCUUUGUAUUUUUAAUAUUUUUCGUUAUUUGUAAUUAUUGUCUAUCUCGGAUGUAUGAUGUUUCUUUUCAUUGUCUUUC